AUGUACCUGAAGAUGAAGAUGACAAUGACGGCGGUGAGGUCCCGGGGCUCCGUCGUGGCUUUGGUGUCCUCGACCAUGCCAUACAAGCUGCUCAACAGUUUGGAUACAGCUCAGGAGUCCCCGAUCAAGGCAAACAAGGCAAACCCACUUGGGCCGGACACGCUGCAGACGUGUACGGCCCGCCUGGUGGUGAAGAACUCCUUUCUAGAGCUGGUCGAGAGCUCGCCGAAGCUGCGGGCUCGUCGCGUCCAUGGGACAAAGAGUGAAUCCGACCUUCCGUGUCUCUACGUAUGGCAGAUUCUGGACUUCUUAGAAGUUCUGCUCCCCUUGCGAAACAUCAUGGUCAGCACUGGGAAGUGGGGGACAGGUGUGGCUUCCGCCUUGGCAUCGGAUGACGUGUGCGAAUGGCAGGAUUGCAGCCUGGAGCUCCACCAGCUGCGCGGCAUGAAGGUCAACUACCUGGAGGCUUUGGAGGAUGGACUCACAGGAGCCCUACGAGCUCCCCCAUCAGCCGAGUGGGCAACGAAGGGCGCCAUGAAGGCCAAGGCCAUGAAGGCCAAGCCGAUGAAGGCAAUGAAGAAGAAAGCCAUCAGCAAGAUCGCGCGGGGCAAACUCGCAAAGUCGGUGGUCUUCAACGGCAGGAAGGAAGCAUUGGCCGAGGGUUGA